CCCAGGUCAGGGGCUGACGAUUGAAGCAUUUCGCAACAUCACCACAGUCCACAUCGUCGACUCGUCGCGUUCGAACAAACAAUUGCGCAGCGAUGCUCGCGGAAUCGGGUAUGCAAGAGAAACCGGGGCCCUUCCUUUUUGGAGUCGCAUCGGUUGCGUGUGCUAUCUGGGCCGCAUGCUGCAGCUCUUCGACCAGCGGAAAUGCACUUUCGAUACCAUGUGGCGCUACUGCGACGGAGGGGAAAUCGGCAAGCGCACGUCGGCGCAAGAGCCGGAGAGCCGCCCAAGCCUUAAUGAAGGCUACCGCAGUCGCGAACCAAAUCCGCUUCGCAGACGAGGCUGGUCUGGUCGACGAUUACAGCAUCUUUUGGAAGUGGGGCAAUAUGUACGCCGAUGAGCUCCAAACUGUGUUGGCAAUGGUGGUAGCCGUGUCUGCAUUCUUACAUAUCAACACAGUGGGCGGCCAUCAUGCUGCCGUAGUAGCUGAAAUCGUCACCGCAGCCAGCCUCACCGAAUCGGUCCUCGCCAUCUUGCGGAGAAGCACCGAGCCAGCUACCACCGCAAAGCUGCAGUCGCGCCGUGGCCUCCUCCUCAAAGCGCAUCUCCUUGUGACCUCCUUAUUCUGGUCGAUUGUCGGUCCGUUCAUCAUGUUCGGUUUUUACGAUGGUAGGAGGCCUGACUAUUCGUCCGAUUGCUGCUACUACUACUACUUCGUACCCGUGACCUAUGCAUUGGUGGUAGUAUUCAAUAUCUCCCGCAGGAUGACAAUGUCGAGGGCUGUGCUGGCGGCUCUGCCACCGGCGGUGUAUCUCCUUUGUCUCAUCUUCGGGCCGAAGCGGUAUAUCGGCUUCGUUUUUGGCGAAGCUCCGGGUUACCUGUAUGCAGUACCUUUGGCAGCAGCGUUUUCGGCGGGCUUUGGCAGACCGCGUCCUCUGCGCUCCGUCCCUGUGACGCCAGAAGUCUCCGACGUGAGAAAGGAUAGCAUUGGACUGGAUGCCGUCUCCGAUGCCGCGGAGUUCACGCCCGUCCGAGAAGCCCCUCCAGCCACUGAACUACAGGAAAUUACUACGCCGGGCCCCGUGGAUCCAAUCGCAGAGGAGUACACCAUGGUACCGGGCGGCACACCCACUCUACCAGCUCCAGUUGAGCAGGGAAAUACGUCGGUGGAUCCUCCCGAAGCAAUCAUUGCCGCUACCGUUCCCAGCCCCCAGGCCACCGAGGCCACCGAGCCCGACAACUCCCCCACCAAUGCCGAUGAAAAUGGCUACCUCUCAGACUGGGACCGCCCGCCUCCAGUCCCAUACGACCCCGAUCUCGAUUGGGGGACCCCCACCACCAUCACCGCCCCUACCACGGCCGCCCAGCUGAAGAAUUUACCGCAUUCGUGGAUGAGCUGGACAGAAUGCUACGAUGACUACUGUCUGGAGCACUACGCGACCAAGAACUCGUGUGGUAGAUGGCCGAAGCAGCCGUGGUCGAGGCGGAGGAAGGAGCCUAAGGAGACGGAGUGGCGUGAGCGUUGACGGUGGCUUGAUACGCUUUGGUCUGGCUUUUUUGGACUUCAUUGCGCAUUUCUGGUUCUUGGAAACUCUUCGUUUUAUCAUCUCUUUUUAAUGCUUACUUCCCGUAUUCCACUAUAACUUAUCCUUCUAUUAUUAUCAUAAAAUGUCAUCAAUCAGAACCGCUGUAUUUAGAACCUAUUCAAGCUUACUUCAC